UUGGUGUGCUGCCAAGGAAGGCAUCCUGAGGGCUGUGGGGACUCAUCUGUAGGUAAAAGCACCCUGUGCCUUCUCUCUUUAGCCUGUGAUCCUGUGCCUUCUCUUUCUUUCUCUUGUUCCCACUCCAGUUCUUCCUCUGCUUCCUGGUUGAUCUAUUUUUCUUCCAGUUUGCUGCUAGCUUUGUUUAUUCUGUCUGCUCACCCAUCUUUCUGCCCAUUUUCACCACGACUUUCUCAAAGGGAGCUCUUUUACCUGUACCAGCUCUUUGCUCCUCGAACCCAGAACUCAGUGAAUAGAAGGACCACCCUGAUGUCUUUCCAGUUCCCAGGCUUAAGGAAGGCCUGCCAUUCUCCCUCUAUUCCUCUGGUUUGUCUUCUUUCUGUUCUGAGGGAGUUUCUGGCAGGGAAUUGCUACCGGCUCAGGUGCUCACGCAUCUCAUUCCUGGUAACUGGAAUGUUCCUGUAGACUAUUUCAUGCCUUUCCUGCUGCAGCAGGAGCCUUUGCCUUUGCCUGGCUGCCUUCUGGUGCUGCAUGAGCCUCUGCCCAGCUCCUUCUUCCAGUCUGGACUUGAGGAUAUGGGUAGUGGCAAUGGCACAGCAGUAACUGAGUUUGUUUUGCUGGGGUUCUCGGGUUUUGGUCCCCUUCGGGGUCCUCUGUUUUGGGGGGUGCUUUGCAUCUACCUGGUCACCUUGCUGGGCAACUCCCUCAUCAUCCUCCUCACGCUGGCAGACCGUGCCCUGCACUUGCCCAUGUAUUUCUUCCUUCGCCACUUCUCCACGGUGGAAAUCCUCUACACCACAACCGUCGUGCCUAGGAUGCUGGCUGAUCUCCUUGCCUCCUGCCCCACCAUCUCACCUGCCAGCUGCUUCACCCAGCUGUAUUUCUUUGCCCUCUUUGGCAUUGCUGAAUGCUGCUUGCUCACUGCCAUGGCCUAUGACCGCUAUGCUGCCAUCUGCCGGCCGCUGCAUUAUACCACUCUGAUGAACCAGGAAGCUUGUGUGAGCAUGGCAGGGGCCUCCUACCUCAUGGGCAUCAUUACAGGCACCACUCACUCCCUCUUCAUCUUCACUUUGCCCUUCCGUGGUGCCAACACAAUCCACCACUUCCUCUGUGACAUCCUGCCUGUGCUGAGGCUGGCUAGUGCCAGCACCUUCUGGGGCGAAGUGGGCAAUCUUGCCGUCACAAUAGCCUUUAUCCUGACCCCCUUCUUACUGAUCGUAGCCUCCUAUGCCUGCAUCCUUGCCACCCUCCUUGGGGUCACAACAUCCCAGGGACGUCGAAAAGUCUUCUCUACCUGUUCCUCCCACCUGUUUGUGGUCAUACUCUUUUUUGGGACUGGGACUGUUGCAUAUAUGAGGCCUUGGGCAGGCUCCUCUCAGGACACGGACCAGAUCCUUGCUCUCUUCUACACAGUUGUCACUCCUGUGUUCAACCCUUUUGUCUACACUCUGAGGAACAAGGAGGUCACGGGGGCAAUGAGGCGGCUUGUGAAGAGAUACCUUUGGAGCCCUUGA